AUGACCAACGCCGAGUGGAAGGCAGAUGUGGAGCGCCGGGAGGCCGUCACCGCCAACAGGCACAACAGGGCCAAGAAGGCCAGGGAGAAAGCGGCGCACGCUGCGGCGGCGGCGGCUGCGGAGCAUGCGGCGGCCGAACAAGCAGAGGCGGCGCGCGCGGCAAUGAUGAACCCACCCGGGCAUCCGUACGCAGCCUGGAGCCAGCAAAGCGUCGGCUCUCCGGCCGGGUUCUCAUCGUCGCCGCACCCAUGGAGCACGCCGUCGCCGGGCUAUGCUGACGGGGACGCUCAUGGCGGCUUCAACCCCAACAUCACCUUCCCCCAUGGGCGGCCCGUCCAGCGCACGCCCUCGCCCGCGUUCACCGGCGUGCAGUACCCGCCGUACACGUACUCGCCGUCGGACUACGCAGCCUCACCGACGCCGCCUCUCCGCCGCGGCCUCUACUCACAAGCCUCUUCCUCGUCGCAUCUCGGUGACGCCGACACGACGGAGGCCGACAUGGAGGACAUCAUCACAGCUGGCUCGACUGCGGCUGCCGCUUCCCCCGGGUUCGCUACGCAGGACCUCGCCGACGUGGACGACGAGCUCGACUACGGCGAGGAAGAGCCGGAGGAGGAGGAGGAAGAGGAGGAGGAGCCGGCGCCGACGAGGAAAAGCAAGAAGAAGAAGAAGAAGAAGAAGAAGGCCAAGUCCGGCGAGCCACGCAUCAAAUGGGCGUCCAAGGAAGAAGAGUGCCUCGCCGAAGCGUGGAAGGUCGUCUACCUCGACCCGGUCAAAGGCACGAAUCAGAGCAUCGAGACGUAUUGGGACCGCAUCAAGGCCGAGUUCGACGAGCGGAAGCUCGUCGACCCCUACUUCAAAGGCAUGCACAUGAAGCGGGGGUCGAAGGCGAUGGCGAACCAUUGGUCGCUCAUUCAAACGGCGUGCAACAAUUGGCAUGGGAUCGUCGAGGAGGUCGCGGCUCGCCCGGAGAGCGGCACCAGCGUCAAGGAUCAGCUGCUGCGCAUGUUCGCCAUGUUCCGCGAUAACAACUGCGACGCAGACUUCAAGUACCUCCACGUCUUCAAGCGGAUCGACAAGUGCGAGAAAUGGGCGGCCGAGUCCAUCGACCACUGCAUCACCGACGCCAAAAUCAGGGCUGCCGAGCGAGAGGAGAAAACAGAGGCGAGGUGGGCUGUUUUGAUGACGGACAGCGCCGUCAAACUCGACUUGCUCCGCGCCAACACCGCCGCGGAACUCAAAGCUCAAGACGCCAAGAAGAGGAACAACGACCUUGCCUUCUUGAUGGGCAGCGCUGACAUGCUCCAGAGCGGCGACGAGAAGCUCAAGGCGUGGUUCUUGGCCGAGCGCGGCCUCAUCCUGAACCAGAUACCGGCGACGCCGCCGCCGCCACCCAGCCCGGCUGCUGAUGACGAUGAGACCAGGACCGACGAUGUCUCCGCCUCCGCGACGCCCAGCCCCACCGACGAUGCCUCCGCCGCGCCCAGCAGCACAGAAGACGCGCCGAACAGCUCGGAAGCCGCGCCGAUUCCUCCCAGCCAGCGUACGCCGACGACUACGCCACCGGAGGUUGAACUCGACGCUUGA